AUGGACGUGCCCGACACGGCCCUCGUCAAGAAGCUGGUCAAGGACGCGCUCCUCAAGCCGCGGUACCGCAACGAGGAUCCGGCGGCCGCCACUGAGGCGGUGCUGCAGGACCACGGGCUGGCGUCGCGCCUCUCCAAUAUGCUCUACGCCAGCCGGCGGGCCAGUGAGGAGCCGCAGACAGUGGCGAUGGCACGUGCACUGCGCGGCGCGGGUCGGGCGGCAGCGACCGGCGCAAGAUCGGCUGCUCCUACAACGGUCUCCACCCGGGCGGGCGACGUCGCGGAGCUUGACAUCAUGCGGGCGCUGCAGGCGCGUUGGCAAUCACACGUCGAGGCGGCGGUGCGCAGGCUAUGCGCAGAGAGUGGAGGGCCUCUAAUGCGCACCACCGCGGCGGGCGUCGUACCUGCACCAAAGAGCAGUCGGCAGCGGGGCCUGUACGAGCCCAGCGAGAUGCUGCAGCUCGUCGCCGACGCGGAGCACGACAACGCGAUGUCUUCGCACACGGGAUUGCGUGGCUGGGGGCUCGUCCCGUUCGAGCUCGCAACGCCGAGCUUGGGGGAGCUCGCAGACGGCUUUGGCGAGCUCCGACCGUCAGUCCGCCAGAGCGGCGUGGACGACGAGCUGCGCGGCUGGUCUGGCGAGGAGCGGCAGCGGAUGGCGGCGAGCGUACUCGCAGACGGCCACGUGCCGCUCCUUCUGCAGUUCUUGCGUUGCGGCACGCCGGCCGGCACGCGCAGCGCACUGUGGCGCGCGGCGCUCGGGGUGGAGAUCGACCAGGCUGCCCUCUCGUACUAUGGGCGGCUCGUCGCCGAGAUCGAGCGAGUGGCGCUCGUGACCGACGGCCUACUCGAGCGAGACGCCAUGGCGCCGUGGGAUGAGGAGGCGCCUCGUCGCGAGUACUUUCUCUUCCGCGAGCGCGUGGCGACCUUGCUCGCCGCUUUCGUGCGCGACCCGUGGGUGAGACGCCACUCGGCGGUGCCCAGCGUGCACGUCACAGGCGCCUCGCCUCAGACGGGCCGCUCGUACGUCUUCCCGCCAAAUGGCGCACUCCCGCCGCGCGGCUUGUCUGCGUACGCGUUCCCGCUGGCGUACUGCUACUCCAGGCCCGAGGAGGCCUACUUUAUGUUCCGCGCUCUGUGGUCGCGCUACUGGUGCCGCCUGCACGUGCUCUCAGCGCGGCGAGAGACCCUCCUCCCGCUCUGCCGCCUCUUUGAGAUGCUCGUGCAGGAGCACCACCCGGCGCUCUGCCUGCACCUGUGCCGGCUCGGCCUCCACCCCACGGCGGUCGCCUGGCGCUGGAUCCAGUUCGCCUUUGCCGGGACGCUGCCCGUCGAGCAGGUGCUCAUGGUGUGGGACCGCGUGAUCGGGUUCGACUCCCUCGAGCUCCUGCCACUGCUCGCGGUCGCCAUCUUUCUCUUCCGCAGCCACACGCUCCUCGCCGCCACCUCCGCCGAGGAGGCGGAGCGCAUGCUGGCCAACUGCAGCGAGCUGCGCGUCGUGCCGCUGCUGCAGGCGUUCCUCUACUCGCCACCCUCGCUGAUAGCCUCCACCCCGGCGCCAAAGUAG